AGAAGCUCUCUGCACAGAGACGAAGACAGGAGAGGAACCCAAGAGGAAGAAAUAUCAAAAUUUUCUCUGGAUGGGGUAGGUGUGGAUCCACAGAAGCAGAGCAACCCCAGUGCAAUUUAAGCAAAUCAGCACGCCUUAAUGAAUGGCGGCUCUUGCUGUUUAGCCUCAAUUCUUGGUCCAAAUUCUAGCUCGUGGGCUUGGUGGAGUCGGCUUGAUCCAGUCUCCGGUUUGGUCCAUGGCAUCAUCUGGUUUCUUCCUUAUUUGUAUGCUCCACUCUAUGUUUGCUCUGGCUUGUGGAGCCAUGAUGAUGUUCUACACCAACGAGUUCUGUGUCUUUGGCCAUGGCACUAAAAUCGCCAGCAAGCUCGUGGGGUCAACACCCCACGAUCAGCUCCUGAUCCGAACUUCGGAUUCACUCUCCGGGUUACUCUUGUUUGGCAUUGGGCUUCUCCUGUUCAUGGUGGCAUUUGUUGAAGACACAAAAUUCCACGGCUUCUUUGCUAGAGGAUGUGCUCUUCUUCAUGUCGCCAUGGCAGCCUGGAGGGUUCACUUCGAGAGGAAGCUCGAAGAGCUCGGCCACGAUUGGCUGAGACAGAUCGUUGGAGACAUUGUGAUGGGGCUUUCUUGGGUUUUCUUCCUUGUGUACUCAUGGAGGGACAAGUAUGACUAAUCCAAUCUUAAUAAAACUGUAACUGAAUCACUUCAAAACUGGAGUAGAUCAGAUAGACUCGGUUCUGGGUUCUUUCUCUUCAUGCUUUAUACAUAAACUUGUACUCUUUUAUGGCUCGGGUCCAUGUUGGUGUGAACCUUCCUUGUAAAUUUUGAAUGAAUCAGGUUCUCGAAAUGAUUUCU